UUUAAGAACCCCCCCCCCCCCCCCUCUACAGCACGACGCGUCAACUUCAUAUAAACACUUUAUUCCCCCUGUGGAUCAGUCGGUCCAUCUCGAGAGGAGGAAUCCGGAUUUGAUUGAUUGUUGUUCGAGCUGGCUGAAGAUAAGAUGGGAUGGACGAGUUAACAAGACAGAUGGACUUCCUCUCAGGAGACUUGUCAGAAGAAAAGGUUGUGACAGAAACUGUAUCCUCCACAACCAGACUGACUUCUCUACCACCAAAGGGAACCAGCGGAUCAAAUCACAGGAAUAUGUCCAGCGGUGCUGGAGGGCUGGGCUUGGAGAAGAAUGUCUUAACCCAGAACAGCAGUGGAACUUAUUUCUCCUCAUCCUCUGUAGGUGUGAACACCAGCAGCUACAGCUCCUCCUCAGGAGUUUACCUCGGAGGAGACUCCUCGGGAGGAGGCGAUGGAGGGGGGUGCUACAUAGACGGUGAGGGGUACGGAAGUGGAAGCGGCGGAGGAGGCGGCGGUGGAGGAGGAGGUGGAGGCGGAGGAGGAGGUGGCAGAGGUGGCAGCAGCUAUCUUGUGAGCUCGGUGUCAAAGGUCAGGUCCAGCUCCUCGGGUGGUGCACGGAGAGCGCAGACUGCUGGCUCAUCAGGAGGCCUGUCGCCAGGUUUCCGCGAGAGGAAGAUCAUAUCCAGCCGCUCAGGAGGUUAUGAUGGAAGUUCCAGUGCUAAUUCCUCUCCAGAAUUUACACGCAAAGAUUAUGGAGUCUAUUGCUCCAGCGCCACAAGAGGGAGGAGCGAAAGCAGAGAGAGCGAGAUCAGAGCCAGAUUACAAAGUGCCUCUCCCACCGCCUGCAGAUGGACGGAGCUGGAUGACGUGAAGAAGCUGCUGAAGGGACGCUCUUGCAGCGUCAGCCCCACUCGCUCCUCCAGUGCUUCCAUAACCCUGCCAGUUCCUAAAAAGGCCAGUGUGGAAACCAAGACCAUCUCUGUGGCCUCUCAGUCAGUUCAGACUUCAUUUGGCUCUGGUGUGCGAUCAGGUGCCUUCCACACCAUUGAUACACUGGGCCUGUAUGAUAACGGUCUGACAUCUGGGCAGUUUGACACUGGUGUAAAAUCAAGCCAGUAUGAUGUCACUCUGAAAUCAGGCCAAUAUGAUACUGGUGUGAAAUCGGGCGGGUAUGAUGUUAGUCUGAAGUCAGGACAGUAUGAUACUGGUGUAAAAUCAGGCCAGUAUGAUACUGGUGUGAAGUCAGGAGGGUAUGACAUGAGUUUGAAAUCAGGGCAAUACGAUACUGGUGUCAGAUUGGGCCAUUAUGAUACUGGUGUGAAGUCAGGACAAUAUGACAUGAGUUUGAAAUCAGGGCAGUAUGACAGCAGUGUGAGAUCAGGCCAGUAUGAUACUAUGAGAUCAGGCCAGUAUGACACUCUGGACGCUACACUUCCAUCUUUCUCUUGGUCCACCUCCACGCUGCCCUCCUCCUCCGCCACCGUGGUCGCUGGCAACACCAGCAGCUACACAUACCAGGCCAGCACCAACAACAUGCCGGGAGGAGGAUCCUCACCAGUUGGCCUCACCUCCCCCUCGUCCCUGUCAGUUUACGGCUUUCAGAAUAAUCUGGCCCCCACUUCGAGCAGUGUGCUCACCACCAGUGGAGCCAACGUAAACGCUAACGUAGGAGGUUACGGCGUACAGAAGAACCUGUCGAAUGGUGGUGGUGUCGUCAGCACUGGAAUCUCUACAACCACUAGAUCCCAAACUGAUGACACAUACAAGAAAAGGUUCCUGAUCUCAGAAAAGGAGAACGUUUCAGCCAAGAGAGACACGGAGACGCUCAUUUUGGCUAAAGACAGCGGGAAGCAGUUCACCAGCAGCAGCAGCGGUCACAUAGGAGGAGGCUCGUUAUCGGGAGAUUCGAUAAAGAAAGAGAAGCUUAUUUCAAGCUACAGUGAGACAAUGCCACUGAAGAUGGAGACAGGCAACUCUUACUACGGAUCAUCUGGAGUUGUGAUGAAAGACAAAGCCACCUAUGCAGAGAUUCACAGGGACAGCGGCAUCUUCGGAGGGGGAGGAGGGUUUUGCUGCUGCUCCGACUCCUGUUGCUCCUGGUGGAAAUGGCUGCUCGGUCUUCUCCUCCUCUCCCUGCUCCUGCUGGGUCUCCUGUUUGGGCUCAUCGCACUGGCUGAGGAUGUGAGAAAGCUGAAGAAUCGAGUGGCUACCCUGGAGGCCGAGUCCUCGGUCGCCAAUGCUCAUACCAGUCGGCUGUCAGGUUCUUCCAAUGACAUCACCUAUUUGGGCAGUGGAGGUACCGGCCACACCGACAACACGCUACAUGUGGCCGCUGGAGGAGGAGGGGGAGGAGGCACAAGCUCCAAAACACGAAUCGGGAUUGCUGCUGGUGCCGGCGGUACCAAUGGCAAUGGAAUUGAUCUCGGUACUGCAGGUGGUGCCAGCGGGGCCAGCGGGGCCAGUGGGGCCAGCACCAGCACCAGUUUUAGUGGCAGUGCUGGCGGCUCUGGUACCAGUUUAGGUGGCAGUGCUGGCAGCAUUGGUUCCAGUUCCGGUGGCAGUGCUGGUGGCACUGGUACCAGUUUAGGUGGCAGUGCUGGCGGCACUGGUACCAGUUUUAGUGGCAGUGCUGGCGGCACUGGUACCAGUUUUAGUGGCAGUGCUGGCAGCACUGGUUCCAGUUCCAGUGGCAGUGCUGGCAGUACCAGCUUCAGUGGUACUGGCCUCGGGACCGGCGUGAGUGGAGGACACAUGGACGCUGCUUAUAUUCAGACGAUGGUUCAGAACAUGUUAAGAACUGAGAUGCAUUCACAAACAUUCAGAGCUUUUGUAGCAUCCUCAGCACAGGGGGAGAGAGGACUGCCUGGACCUAGAGGGGACCCUGGAGCUAAAGGAGAUGCUGGUUUCCCUGGACUUCCAGGUGCUCCGGGUUCGAUGGGACAUACAGGCCCUGAGGGUCCUAAAGGACAGAAAGGAAGUCAAGGUGAUCACGGACUGGAUGGGCAACCCGGUAUCAGGGGUCGCGAGGGUCCUGCUGGCCCCAGAGGUGAGCCAGGACAUUCAGGCGUUGGACCAAAAGGUGACAAAGGUGCUCCUGGAGAUCCUGGGGUUCCCGGGCCUGUGGGAUCUGCUGGACCAAAAGGUGAACAUGGAGCUCCUGGGCUUUCUGGGCCACCAGGUCAACCAGGUCCUCAGGGUUUCCGUGGCGAGGCAGGGCUACCUGGGUCUAAAGGUGACAGAGGGCUAGCUGGAUUCCAAGGACUUAAAGGUGAAGCUGGGGACAAAGGUCUCAGAGGUCUACCAGGUGAUACUGGUUUACCAGGUCUGCCAGGGCCAGCUGGAGAGAAAGGAAUCAAAGGGUCAAUGGGGAUUGCUGGAGCUGAUGGUCAGAAAGGAUCAAGAGGUGACCACGGACCUGCUGGGCCUCCUGGCCUCAGAGGUCCUUCUGGGCCUCCUGGAGAUGCUGGACUUCCAGGAACACCUGGGCUUCAAGGACCACCAGGGAUACCAGGGAAUCCAGGACGACCUGGUGCCAAAGGUGAAACAGGAGCAGCAGGAAGAAUCAUCAAUGCAGCUGGCGCAUCUUCUGUUGGCAUCCCAGGACCACCUGGACCUGCUGGUCCUCCCGGCCCUGCAGGACCUCCAGGAUUAUCAGGUCCCAUUGGCCCUGCUGGUCUGCCUGGCCAACCUGGUCCUAAAGGUGACAGGGGAUAUAAGGGAGAUCAGGGAGAACAAGGAAUAAUAGUGAAAACGUCUGAAAGCACAACCAGAGGGGAGUUCAGUUCUGCACAACCUGGCCCACCCGGCCCACCGGGUCCUCCUGGACGUCCAGGAGAUUCAAGACAAGGACCUCCAGGACCACCUGGACCUCCAGGUCAGCCAGGUUAUGGAAGACCAGGACCUAAAGGAGAUCGGGGAGAACCAGGCUUUGCAUCCAGCUCUGGCUCUGGAACGUUUUACACCGGACCACCAGGACCGCCAGGACCAGCUGGGCCUACCGGGCCUAAAGGAUCAACAGGUUCUCCUGGACCAAGAGGAUACCAAGGUGAACCAGGCCAGCCAGGAAGACCAGGGAGCUCUGAGAGAGUGUCGACUUAUUCUGGUGGACACGGGAUCCCUGGUCCUCCUGGUCCACCAGGGCCUCCUGGACUUCCAGGACCGCAAGGAUUCAAAGGGGACCCUGGAGUUCCAGGUAUUUCUGGCCAUUCAAGAGGUGCCAUCACGGUCACCGCAGGCCCUCCUGGUCCCCCAGGUCCUCCUGGCCCUCCAGGUCAACCGGGCUCCUUCGGCUCUUCUAGUGAGAUGCACCAGUACAUCACCAGCUAUCUAAGCAGAAGCAGACUGGCAGGAACCCCCGGACCUCCAGGUCCACCUGGACCUCCAGGAAUUCCUGGAACCUUCUCAGGCUCUAUGGACGACAUCGCCACUCGAAUCAUUGCAUACAUACAACGUUCGGGCUCAGGCCUCAGCAUUGGCGUUCAGGGUCCCCCAGGACCACCUGGUCCUCCUGGACCUGGCUCUGGAUCCCUGACAGUCAAUGCUCUCAUUGCCAUGCUUCAGAGAGACGAUGUGAGGAGAUAUUUGUCAGGACCACCAGGUCCACAAGGACCACCAGGACCACCAGGGACAUCAGUAGGAGUUUCAGGCAGUUAUGGCAUAGAGGACGUAGCCAGAUAUGUCAUAUCAUAUAUCAAAAAUGAUGGAGGGUUUGCUAGAGGUCCACCUGGGCUACCCGGUCCUCCUGGGCCUCCUGGUAUAGGUGGCUCUGGUGUCAGCCACGCUGUGAUUGACUAUUCUGCACUGAUUAGACAACCAGAAUUCCAGUUAUGGUUUAAGUCUGCCAUACCACAUGGUCCUCCUGGUCCUGCCGGAACCCAAGGGCCUCCUGGUCCUCAGGGCCCUCAGGGGCCACCAGGUGUCUCCUCGGCCACUGUGUAUGGGGCGGGAAGUCGUGGCUACAGCUUGGAGGAGAUUCAGCGUUACCUGCAGGAUUCUAGGUUCAGAGGUCUUCCUGGCCCUCCUGGCCCUCCUGGUCCACAGGGUCCACCAGGCAGUUACACUGGAACAGUUUCAUACAGCGGAAACUUCCCUCGGGAGAGCAUCCGCUCGGAAAUUCAGGCGUAUCUGACCAGUGACAGUGUUCGUCAUGCCAUCAUCGGACCUCCAGGGCCUCAAGGACCAAGGGGUCAGAAAGGAGAGCGCGGAGAGCCGGGUUACGUUCAGGGCUACUCGCAGAGCCAGAGCUACUCUCAGGGCAACAGUCGCCACGGCUCCGGGCUGUCAGAUGCCAAUGUCAGGACGCUCGUUGACACGAUGGACUACUCCAACGUUGCCAUGAAAGUUACUGAUUACAUCAAGAAUCAAGGCCUGCUGCAGGAGUAUCUGGUUGAGGGUCCUCGUAGGACGAACGUUAGAGCGAUUCAAGGCCCCCCUGGUCCACCUGGCCCUCCCGGACCAGUUGGUCAAAGCCGCGUCAUCGGUGCCUACGGCAAUGUCACAGCUGACCUCAUGGAAUUCUUCAGAACCUAUGGCACCAUCCCCGGCCCUCCAGGAGGCCCCGGACCACAGGGAGACAGAGGGUACCCAGGACCCAAAGGAGACAAGGGUGAUCCAGGACCCCAGGGUUUACCGGGGGCAUACACUAUCCAAAUUCCACACAGACUGCAGAAGAGGGAUGCAGGAAAUAAAGUGGUCAGUCGUCACAAGAGGCAUCGCCGUCAGGCCAACGCUGGCUGAAGGGCUAACAUACUACUGGAUCACGUCAGAUUUCAUUUUUACUCGUCUUUUUUUAGGUUCAUCUGUAGUCAAAAUGCUCUUUAUUCUUGCCAUUUGUAGAAAAGUCAAGAGGACAAAUUUGAGAAAAUAAAAGCGGCCAAAAAACGCAUCAGUCUCUUUAAAAUGGCUUCAGUAGAGUUAUGGAUUUAACUGCUGGUCAGUGUUUUUCUAACACAGACUUCAUUUUUUGACAUGUGGGUGUAAAAUGUUUACUUCGCUUAGUUAGAAGCUUGCAUUCAAACUUUUUCCAGGGGCAGCUUUGUUUAAGAGAAUAUCUAUUUUUAAGCAAUAAGUAGCUAAAGUUUUAAUUGCACUUUGCAUCUUUUUUUCCCACUGCUUGUGUAACUUGAGUGUCUGGUGUACUGUUUUUUUUGUAUUCAUUGUCUUUUGAGGAUUAUACUGUAUUGAGGACUAUAGGAGUGUUAAAUGUGUCAUUUAUGUUUCUUAAAAGGCUACAAUAUUGUCAGAUUAUCCACGUAAAUCAAGCCAAACUCCAGCCCUUAAAGACUGGCAGUUAUCCAUUCACCCCACACAAAUUACAGAACAAUUUACAUUUUAUAAAGCAAUGCAUCGUUAUCUGAACCUGACACAGUCCCGGUCAGAGGGGGGCGAGGGUUCACAGUAAAUGUUGUUGCAGUCAGGACUGGUGAUUUACUUGAAAGGUUUGUUGGUAAAAUAAUGGUUGAAAGACAGGGACUCAGAUAAUCACUAACAAAUGACUGAUUGGAUUGUAUAUUUUUGUAUAAGAAUUGAUAUAUUUUCUUUAUACCUUUAAGUGUUGGAAAGAUUAAAUUAUAAAAUGUUCCCAGGUUAUGUCUUUACAUGAUUGAACUUAUUGACAUUUGAUCAAUAUAUUUGAAAGACACACAAAUAAAUCUAUUUUUGGA